AAACAACUUCCGCUUUUGUCUUAUGGUACGGAAGUAGACUGUGCGCGUGCGCGAUAGCGUUCUAGAGACUUCGCGUCGGAGUCCAAAACACAGAAGAAACAUCCUCGGUACAUCGACAGUACGCGACAGUUGUGGUGCUUUGUGGUAUACAAAGGAUCUUUAUUCUUUGCAGCCUGUCUGAGCCAGAGUCAUGGUGUGCAUUCCCUGUAUUGUGAUUCCUGUCCUGUUGUGGGUCUACAAGAGGUUCUUGGAGCCUUUCCUGUAUCCUGUCAUUUCACCCAUUAUUAAUACAUUCUGGACCAAAAAGGCAGUCCAGGAGACUGCCACAGGAGAUCAAAAAGUCAGUGACAAGAGCAAUGGGAAUUGCAAGGCUGAAAGCAACGGUGAGGCCACAGCCAAUGGAUCCACGGUGGCAGCGGACAAGAAGACAGAUUGACAGCUCCAUAUGCUUAUGAUAAUGCUUUUAAAACAGUGUAAAUAUUUCAUUAAUAUAAUAUAGAGAAGCUAUCAGUUAACUUAUCAGUCCUCUUUGAAUCAAGUGGUUUUUAUCAUCUCCCACACAGUAUGUAUCUUGUUUUCAAUGUUUUCAUUUACAGUAACUUCAAGAAAUUGUUUAUUGAUAUAUUUUCCUCAUUCAUCAUUAGUUGAUACAUGCAUUUACUGUAUUGAAUAUUCAUUAUCAGUGGGAUAGUUUUUUUUUAAAUCAAACUUGCAAUUUAAUGAAUGAAUAAAAGAAAACUCAAAAGAAA